ACGCAUCCAACAGUAGAACUACAUGUAAGCGUUUAAAAAUUAUUCCCGCAAAUCAAUCUCGCAAAUCACAGAGCAUCGUCGCCACGCAGUAUCCGCCAAAAGCCCAAAACCUCUUUCUAUAGUCCCACACUACACUCUCUUCUCUGUUACCUUCCUCUCUUCGCCAUUUGGCUUGUUCCAGAUCCUCUAUCGGCUGGCAUUCCUAGGGUUCCGGCGACGAUAUUCUUCUUCAAUGCUGUCUUACCACUCGCUUUCUGAGGCUCAGGCCGCUCUCGGCCGGAAUCUCACAUUCGCCGAGUCUCUUUGGUUCAAUUACUCCGCUACGAAGUCCGAUUACUUCCUUUAUUGUCACAACAUUCUUUUCCUCUUCCUCAUAUUCUCCGUCGUCCCCGUCCCUCUGAUCCUUUUGGAGGUAAAGCGCCUAGGCGGCCUGGACAAGUACAAGAUUCAACCCAAGGUUCGAUUGUCAUUCCAAGAAAUGUUCAAAUGCUACAAGGAAGUUAUGCGUUUGUUUUUCCUUGUCGUUGGACCUCUGCAACUCGUCUCGUAUCCUGCUACCAAGAUGAUUGGAAUCCGGUCAGGGUUGCCAUUGCCGUCAGGGUGGGAAAUUUUUGCACAGUUGGUGAUGUAUUUUUUGAUCGAGGAUUAUACCAAUUACUGGAUUCACAGGCUUCUGCACGGGAAGUGGGGGUACGAGAAGAUUCACCGAGUUCACCAUGAAUAUGCGGCUCCAAUAGGCUUCGCAGCAGCAUAUGCUCAUUGGGCGGAGAUAUUGAUCCUUGGAAUUCCUUCUUUCCUUGGGCCAGCAAUGAUUCCCGGGCACAUGAUUACACUUUGGUUGUGGAUAGCAUUACGGCAGAUUGAAGCGAUUGACACUCACAGCGGGUAUGACAUACCCUGGAGCCCCACAAAAUAUAUUCCCUUUUAUGCUGGCGCAGAGCAUCAUGAUUACCAUCAUUAUGUUGGAGGACAAAGCCAUAGCAACUUCGCUUCAGUUUUCACUUACUGUGAUUACAUCUAUGGGACUGACAAGGGUUAUAGGUACCAUAGGAAAAUGAUUCGGAAGGUAAAAGAAAAUUCAAUUUUUGCCUUGUCAAUUUUGUUGAAGGAGGAGACGAAAAAUGGAGUUGAGCAGAAUGGAGGGGCCUACAAGACGGAAGAUAAGAAAUGUGACUAACAGAGAGACAGCAGCCUUGGUGGUUUCAGUACCAUUGAUGGCCAUUUGGAACCUGUAAUUUGGUGUAAGAUGUAUGUCUGUUAGCGGGGUGUUGUGUAAUGAGAGUAGAACAAUGUUUUACAAUUUGUAAUAUGCUUUUAUCAAAAUGGGGAAUUUCUCUCAAGAGUUCAGACU